AUGACCAUAAACAAAUCCGGCAACCGCGGCCGUCGCCGCCAAUCCCACUUUCACCAACUCAAAUCCUCUCGAAAGCCCAAACCGCCUUCCCCCCUCGCAGCCCUCUUAACAGCCACCAUCCUCCUCCUCAUCAUCGUCAUCUUCCCCCUAGCUCUUUCCUUUCUCCCCCUCCCAGGUCCAGUGGGAGCAAACGCUCUCUCUACAGAUGACCAUCGUGGUCAUGACCCGGAACCCGAACCCACACCUAUGAUGAUUGGUAUAGAUUUCGGGGUGACCAAUUCGCGGGUGGGAGUCGGGAGAAAGGGAACGGUUGAGGUUUUGGGGAUGGUGCCAAAUUGGGUUGCUUUUAGGGCUAGUGGAAGUCCCGAUACUAAUACUGGGCAAGGUGUGUGGGUGGGAGGAGGGGACAAAGGGGACGAAGGGUUUAGAGCGGAUGGAAAGUAUGAAGGUGUGGAUGUUUUGGUGGGGGAGGAGGCGAGGAGUUGGGCUAGAAGUAUGGGAGAGGGUGAGGGGGUGGUGUUUGAUGUUAGACGUCUCCUAGGAAGAAAUUUCUCCGACCCCGAGCUUCAAAAAGAGAUUCGCCAUUUACCUUUCAAGGUCACGCACUACUGUGGUAGUGAAAUACCUAUGGUUGAGGUCGAGAUCGAGGAUACCAGGGGUACCUCUAGGGGCAAUGUCAACGAAAAUGGGCAGAUUAUCAACAUCAACGGCACCGCCGCGAAAAGAGUGUUGAGGUACACGCCUGAACAGAUCACGGCGAUGAUCUUUAGGGAGUUGAAAGGGAUGGCUGAACGGCAUCUUGGUCAGAACGUCACCCAAGCCAUCAUCACCACCCCCAUCGCCCCCGGCCUCCAUUCUUACACCGAUCAUCAUAACUCCCACCAGGGCUACUACGAUUGGUCUCACGUUCCCACCCUAGAAUCAGCCCAGACAUAUGCGGAAGCAUAUACCGCAUCCCUCCGCCAUGCCGCCUCUCUUGCUGACUUGGAGGUUGUCCGCUUCAUGAAAGAACCCAUAGCGGCCGCCAUUGCUUACAGGUGCGACCUGGAUGCUGAUCAGGAGAGAACGGUGUUGGUGUACGAUCUGGGCGCUACUUCCCUCGAUGUCACGGUCUUGUUCGUGGAACAGGGAGUCUUUGAGGUCUUAGGCAGUGAGAGGGUGGAGAGGGGGUUUGGGGGGAGAAAGAUGGAUGUGAACGUGGCCGGGUGGGUCUUGAAAGAGGUGGCGGCGCGGAUGGGCCGUGAUAAUCAUGAUCGUGGCCGUGGCCGCGGAGAUGGCGGCGAUUGGAGGGCAGGCCAUAUGGGGGUGGAAGAUUUGAUGAUGUUGGAUCCAAAACUGGUGACAAAGGUGAGAGAGGAGGUGGCGGAGAAAGUGAAGAUCGCUCUAUCGGAGCUGGAAUCCGUGGAGAUCGAUAUCCGGGAACUGGUGACCAACCUGGGCGGGAUGGAAAGGAACUUGACGAUGACAAGGACGGAAUUUGGGAAUCUGAACCACGUUCUGGUUUGGGAUACGCUGUCAGUCACUCGAAGGGUGUUGGCGGCUUCCAAGGUUGAUUGGAAUGGGUUGGACGAUGUUAUUGUGGUAGGAGGGUCGGGGAAAAUCCCGAUGGUGAGAAGCGUGCUCAAGAGUUAUUUCAACAGGGAGGAUAGGACGCUCAAAGAAGGUGACGUUGAUCCUGCGCAGGCGGUGGUUUUCGGGUCGGCUGUUCAGGCUAUGAUUUUCUCCCGGCCUGAGCCUGAAGGCUGCAUGCUGGGUGCUUUUGAAGUUAAUCCGAUUGCAAUCGGCGUUGAGACGGUGGGAGGUGUCAUGCGCAAAUCAGCAACAUUCACCACAUCAUUCAACAACCAAACCACCGUCACCCUCAACAUCUUUCAAGGCAAUCGCCCCUUCACAGCCUCCAAUCACCUCCUAGCUUCCAUCCCCCUCGACCUUGCCAACGUUAACCAAAACAACCUCCCACGAGGCAUUCCCCGAAUCUCGGUUGCCUUUCAACUCGACGGCAAUGGUAUCUUGGAAGUGUUCCUCAACGACACCAUGGAAAUGGAUGACGAAGGUCAUCAUAGACAGCUAAUUGCUACCAUCCAAACUUCCUACGUUGGGAGAAGCGACGACUACGAGGAAAAGUGGGAAAAGAUACACUCCCUGAUCAAGGAAGCAGAGCAGUAUUGGGAAGAGGACGAGGAGUCUAAGGCGAGGCUUGGGGCGAGAAGAGAGCUGGGAAGGACGUUGAAUGCGGCCAGGAGGGGUCUUUGGAUUGCCGAGGCUGCCGCGAAGGUGGGGGUUGUCAGGGAUGCGCUCAACGAGGCGGAGAUAUGGCUAGAAGAGCACUGGGACGUGAAGACCAAUACUGCUGAGGAGUUUGUGAUGGAGAAGGAACUGUUAAGGAGUGUUCUGUCACCCGUUCUGCACCCUGACAACAUUUCAGUUUUUGUUGACGAACUUCCUCGUGGCGACGGGAACAGGGAGGAGGUGAGGAGCCAUGAUGAACUCUAG